UUCUGCGGAGCACCUGUCGUGCCAGGGAGUUGGGCGCGUUAGGGGCGUUCGACGGAGGUAAGUAGACGGUGGGUUAUCAGUCGGCGGAACAUCUUCGUCGCGAACGGGAACUCGGCAACUCGGCAACUCGCGAGCUCCCUGCUGUGCUAACGCGUGUAGGGAAGAAACAAGAAUCGGGUGUGGAAACAUUUAUUAUCUAUGCUCUAUCGAAACUGCGAAUCACCGUUCCGUUUCGCACGAAAAAGCUAAGUAGCUGAAAGAGGAAGACCGCUGGUGCCUUCUAGCCUUUCCUCUUUAAGGAAAUCACGAGCGUCCCGUUACAUAUUACAUAGAGUCACAUUCGGCUGAGAUUUCCCGGCCGAGACAAGAAUCUCGAGAUAUUUCCGUCUUACUUCCGCGAUAACGAUGACCGCGACCGCGCCAAGGUAAACGUCAGCAAGGAGGUCACGGCGCCGGUGAAUUGUGUUAAGUGCGCCAAGCGACUUAUUCAACGAGGUCCGCGAGGGAUCUCACCAUUAGUAGUGUACACGACGGUGAACGACAUACAUUCGGCGAGAUAUAGCGUCUUAACGGUCGAUAUCGACGCGGCGAGAAAGAGAGAGAGAGGGAGAGAGAAAGAGAUUUUAAAAGGCACUUUUUAAUACUAUUAGCCCGUAUAAGUGGCGGAUAAAGUUUCCGGAUCAAGGCGAAAGCGAAACAAUAAGAGAAUAAGAAAACUGCCGGGAUGCUGCACGAGGAGCUAUUGAGCUCCAGCUAACACGUGGCGAUUACGCGCACACUCCGCAGUUGCAAGGGCAGGACGGUGUUUCGUCGCGAGAGGCUGGGACCUCCAGGAUGCCAGGGGUGUGGAAGUUGCUACGUACGCUGAUCUAUAUGGUGGUUGGCUUGAGGAGCGUCAGUAGCAACAGCGACAUUUGGCCGCUGGAGAGGCCAGAGGGCAUGCCGGCCAUCCAGUCUUUGGAGGUGAUGUGCGGAAAAGAUCAUAUGGACGUCCAUCUCUCAUUCUCGCAACCCUUCGAAGGCAUCGUCUCGUCCAAAGGCCAACACGCGGACCCACGUUGCAUCUACGUUCCACCGUCCACCGGACAAACCUUCUUUUCCUUUCGGAUAGCUUACGCGAGAUGUGGUACGAAACCGGACAUGCACGGGCAAUUUUACGAGAACACCGUGGUGGUUCAGUACGAUAAAGAUUUACUCGAGGUUUGGGACGAGGCUAAACGAUUGCGAUGCGAGUGGUUCAACGAUUACGAGAAGACCGCAUCGAAGCCACCGAUGGUUAUCGCGGACCUCGACGUGAUACAGCUGGACUUUAGAGGCGACAACGUGGACUGCUGGAUGGAAAUUCAGCACGGCAAGGGUCCAUGGGCGCCCCCCGUGUCCGGUAUCGUGCCGCUCGGCUCCACUCUUACUCUGGUCGUCGCCAUAAACGAUUAUCGAGGUGAGUUCGACAUGCGGGUCAAGUCGUGCGUGGCUUCGGACGGAGGCGAUCACACGAUACAGCUCAGCGACGAGUUCGGAUGCGUGCUAAGACCGAAGAUGAUCAGCCGGUUCUUGAAGGCGCGCGGCUCGGACGAGCGCGCGACCGUCAUUACGUACGCCUUCUUCCAUGCGUUCAAAUUCCCAGACGCGUUAAGCGUUCAUAUCAAAUGCAAGGUGGAAAUAUGUCGGCACGGUUGCCUGGAUCACUGUCAAUUGAGCGGCUCCAUAGCGCACUACAUUCAAGAGAGAAAGGAUCAAAUACGGCCACAGUAUAUAGAGAGUACGGCAGCCUCCGUUCUCUCCAAUGACAACGACAACAAUAGCGCGGACAAAGAGAACGAGGAUGCGGUUGGCAGUGUGGAGCAGGGAGACGGUUCUCUGUACGACGAUGUAAUCCAGAAUGGCGACGAGAUGACGUCGAUCGGCGGACAUUUCCUGGAUGUUGAAAAGUCGAUUCCAAAAGCGCAGGCACAGACGAGUAACCGACGAGUACCGGCCGUGUCGACUGACGCGCAGCACGAUAGCGAGGUCCAGCCGGAUGAUGUCGACUUGUCGAAACCAUUCAUGCAGGAACCACCGCGAGUGAACAGGUACGAGAGCGACCAGGAGCAAUUCCCGCAUGGACCGCGGAAUCUGGAGGAGGUGACGCCGCUCUCCGCCAGCGUUACCCGGCGAAAACGCUCGGUGACGGUAACGGACAGGAAAGCGCGCAGCGCCGACGUCGGCGUCAGCGGUAUUUACGAGGUCAUCUCCGAGGCGGAUCUAGCCUUUAGUCCGGACACGCAUGCCGAGGCGGUGACAGUUUUUCAGGGCAGGAUACGCGAGGAGGUCGUUUACGGGAUCUGUCUGCCGAUGCCAGGCUUCAGCGCGCUUUUCAUCGUCGUCGCGCUCUCGGCAGUCGUUUCCGCCCUCGUUGCAGGCGCGAUGCUGCAUCGGCUGCAGGCGCAGCGGGACGUCACCGCCGGCGACAGAGAGAACAACCAAACCGGUGUGCACGCCAACAACAACGGCUGGUUGCCUUACGGCCUGCUACGUGUGCGUUGCGCAACAAGGACCGCUCAUCCCGACGAGUUGCAACAAAAGCAGGCGAACCUAACUUCCCAGGUUACCGCGGAUCCAUCGGUCGAGAGAGGCUGAUGAGACGCCUUAAACCCGCGUCGACCUUGAGACGCCGUGGCCCAGGUGCGUCUAAGGAGAGACAAUGUGCAAUAAUACGCUGUACAAAGUAUCGUAAGUCGCUCAGCUGCUGGCAUUUCGUAUAGAGAGAGAGAAUAGCUAUUAUUUGGCACUAUUGUUCGAGUAUCCUCCUGCGAAUCGCGCGACGACAUUCCAGUUCUCGCGAAUCGCAGUCGUCGAGGACUCUAUCUCUGCUAGGUAUUUGCGUUACUCUGAUGAUUUUUGUGAAUCUAUUCCAUAACUCUCGUAACGUCAAUAUCGUCUCAAUCGCAUAACACGAUGUUUAUUCAGCCGUUAUGUCACGCGUCGUAGUUUUUAAUAAUCAAUUAAACACUAAUAAAUGCCGCAUUGUUAUGAAUAUUUCUUCCGAAUGUUAUACAAUAUUAUACUCUUUACCGCAAAGUUUUUUUUAUAAAUAAAUUUACUAAAAAGUCACUCUUUAAUAUUAUCUUUCAAAAAUAAAUAUCGAAAAAUAUUUAUUAUUCCGUGGAAGAUGCAAUACAAAUUAUACGUACGUUAAAACGUUAUAAAACAGAUGCACUACAAGACAGAAUUUAUUGAGAAGAAAACAUUUAAAGUCGUAUUUUCAGAAAAAUGUCUUGAAUAAUAGUAAUAAAUAUCAGAAAUAUUCAUAAUUGUAUUAAUAGUAUAUUUAUAAGAUUAAUGCAUUUUGUCGUACGAAUGGUAAAAAUGAAUGGUAAAAAAAAUACACUGUAAUUGCUCUGGCGCAUCGAAUUAUCUCGGUAUUUCGAUGCAUUCGACAUUCUAUCGACGAAUACACCAAGGGUUACAAAGCAUCUAUGAUCUAAAUAAGUUUUAUUUAUAACAGGUAUUGUUAUAUCGUUUACGAGUCUUUAGGAUACUGAUUGUGCGUCGUGUUCGGUUUCACGACAUUCUCGUCAUGUAGAGAUCGUUAAUGAUUUGCUCUAAGGAGGCUAAAAGUAUAUAUUUAUCUCGGAUGUGUAUGAAGUAUGUUAACAAUUUUGGGGGGGGAAAGCUUUGACACGAGAAACAAAUACAUAUUCGUAUCCAUUCUUUCAUCUUCUAAAGCUUUCACAACCUACGGGUUUGUGCGCAAGACUUGGAGGAGGGUUUACAAUUUUUCCCUUUAUAUUUCCACGUAUAUAGAUAGACUGUUGCAAAUCAUAGUAUAUUAAGCUAUUGCCACAAAUAUAAUUUUUUGUUAUAAUCGAGUUUCUUAUACCUGAUAUACGUAAGUAAAUGCACUGGAAACGUCCAUACCGAAAUGUCUCACGCAAAGACCUUUUCCAAAGAUAUUUCUCACGGUAUGGACGUAUUUUCAACCGUAUUUAUUAUUCGAAUCCCAUUUCACGUAGGAAAUUUCAGCCUGUUUAAAUGGAUUUUACUAAUGAACGAGCAAUAAAGUAAUUCAUUUCCUUGCUCGUUCAAAGGACUUGCGAGUUGCCAAGUAUACAUAAUUUAAAACUAGAUCUUAAGUUAUUUGUACAUGUAUACACGUGUACAAAACUUUGUCAUACGCUUAGAUUGAAUAACUUAAAUUUAAGCGUAACAUGUGUACGAUCAGCACUGAGAGAUAAAACGUGGCAUCGCCUUACAACGAAUGGAAACGUUCGAGCAAAAGUAAGGCGAUAUAGUACGACUAUUUAGUUAAAAGAUUACGUUUUUAUAUGUAAUAUAUAGAAAUAUGAAUAAAUAAUAAUGGCAAUAAAUAUAUUUACAGAAUCUUCAAUGUAUGAUUCAUUCCUAAUUAUAAUUUAUUCUGUAUACAAAAAUACAUCAACUGCCUUUAUUGGUUAAAAAUAAAAUAACUAGAGAUUUAUAUGAGAUUAAUCAAUUAAAUGGCCGACGGAAAUACGCAACUUUUAGGACAACUUGCGUAUUGCUAUACCUUAUACGCUAAAUCAAUCACGCUACAAAUAUAAACUAAUGACUGCACACACGAUUUCGUAUAUAACUUAUUCAAUUGCUUCAUUUUCUUUCCACAUUUUUUAGCAGUUUUCUUAGCAAUACUGUAUUGAUCGUAUAGUAUAGUAACAAUGGUGUGACAAAUGCGAUAAAAACUUUAUCAUUCAUACCUUUUUCAGCGCUGCUUAACACUUGUAUAGCACACAUAAAACAAAGCAAACUUUGUCUCAUAAUCAGACUGCGUAAUUUAUUAUUUGCUGUUUUACAUAAUAUCAGUAUACACAAUAUUUUGGCACUUAAGAUUUUCGCAAUUUAAAUAAAGACGCCCGUCACGGAUUGAGGGAGGUCCCAGGUUCGAA